UUUAGCUUGUGUCUUGUGUGUAAUUAAGAAGUCACAACUCUUGUUUCUUGCGUAUUUCCAAUUUCCCAGCGUUUAUAUCCUCCGCUUAAAACACGAAAUCAAAUUGGUUGAAUAAUAUUUUAAACUAUAUAUUCAAACGAAAAGAACAAUUAAGUGAAUCCACAUAAACAAAAUAGAAAGAAAAAAGUAACAAACACAAAAAAAAAACAAACAUGAAACAAACGAAACGAAUGCAUAAUAAAAAUGACAUUUGAAAGAGAAGUGACAUUUUGCUACUAGCAUAGAAAGAAAAGUAAAAGCGCCUCAUUUUCUGACCAGCAGCCAGACAAAUUUACAAAAAAAGUAAAUUUUAAUGGUCCUACGUAAAGAGCGUCCACCCAGUGCGGGCACAUCCAAAUCCACAACAACAAUGCCCAAUGAGCAGCCAGUGACAAAACGUCAACGAAUAGAAAAUCGAAGCAACAAUAAUGCCGACAACACGGCUUAUCCACCUUCGGCAUCGAAUGCAACGGGGACAUCAUCCUCAUUUUCAGCACCACCUUCGCCUACGUCAACAACUAAACCAAAUACUUCGCGUAAUUUGGUUUUGGACUCACCGCCAGAUAUACUUGCCACUGCAUCUGAACUUCCCAUAUCAUCACCAUCCUCGUCCAAUCGCAGCAGCAGCAGUUCAUCGACAUCUUUAGCCAGUGAAGAUCUGCACCAUCAUUUAUAUUCGAAUCGUAGUAAUAACCAUCAUCAUCAUCACCAUCACAGUGGCAGCACAUCGAGUCUGGCAAGUUGCAGCAGUAGUUCGUUGGCUUCGACUGCGACGAUAGGCAUUGAUGAAGUCGAUAAGAUGACUACACCUCAUCGAAACCACAUAAUCACAGGCGCUGCUCCAUCCUCCCAGACAAUGCCCGACUUAGUGCCACGAACAAAUGCUACCCCGACAAUAGUGAGCAUCACAAACGAAAUGGGUGAGUUCGAGGAGUACCUAACCAAACAAUGCCUGUGCGGCAUAAGUGAACGAACACUGCGAAGACCCUUUCAAAGUCACUAUCACCAAGAUUCGAAUGGCGUAAAACGAGUCGCUACGCUGCACGAGUGGCCGACAAAUAAGCUGUUACAGUUCCUAUCGAAUCUACAGUUACUCUUCGACGUGUACCUUAAACAGAACAGCAAGGGAUUCAUCUGUAGUCGGAUAAUGGACGUCUGUGACGCUCUCAUUCGCAACGAUCACAAUUUAAUCGACGAGAUAAUCGUUUUAGCCAAUUUUAACAAUAAAUAUGUGCAAUUCCUGUCGGGCCGAGUGUUGGCCAGCUUCUUAGUUAUCGCCAAGCACAAUAUGGACGACGAUUGGCUAAAGAAACUGGUGGACAAUUUGUUUCAAUUCGAGCGCCUGGAUUUUGUGGCAAUUCAAAAGAUCCACUUCAGCUUGGAAAUAAUCAAAAGAAUCGUCGAAUGGAAAGAUGUAGAUUUGCAUCCGUUAGAAGAUGAGAUUGAGGCAAGAAAUGCAGGCAUUUCAUCGGAACAAGCAUCGAUGGAUAGCGGAGGAGGAGGAGGUCCUUCGACUUCUGGGUCUUCAGGUAGCCAUGUGUAUCCCUCUCUGGAAACCAAUUACUUUGCCGUGCAUUUUCGAGACUCUGAGGAUAUCUUGGAAGGUACCACCGAUGACAAUAGGCAACAUUCAACAUCCUCUGAAGAAAGACACUUGAGUCAUUUGCAAACGGAAGAUGGCUGUCAUGUUGUAGCGCUUACCGACUCUGAGAGCUUUGAUACAACACACCUUAAGUGCAUUACGAUAAAAAUCCUAGAGAAUAAAUGGCCGGCCUUGGUGAAGAACAUGAGCAAUUUGAUAUCGAAUCAUAUAGAACUUGAAAACGCCGAAAAUUGUGUGCUGACAUUUCUCCACCUUUGGGAGAACAUAAUUAGCGUGAAAGCUAAUCUGUCGAUUGUUGAGACGCUGCCAUUUUACGCACAACUGGACAAAUUCGAACUUCUCCUUAAUCAAAAUUUAUCUUGUACAAUCUAUAAACAAAUGUUGAGUCUUUUCAACGAAGCACUUUGCUAUGGAAGUACUCUAGCCCUGCAAGAUCUGCUGCCUGAGGAGACCUGUAUGUUGGCGCACCAGAUUGUGCGACAUGUUAAAGACUUUCGUAUUUUGGAAUCGCUACCAAGACGACAACCUGAAAAUAUGGUGAGCCUAUUGGGUUUCAAGGGUCGUUUGAUAUCAUUCGAAGCUGGAACUAUGCAGAGAUUUGAUUCCACGUCGAAUCACAACGAAGACGCCAUCGAAAUGGACAAAACAAUACUUCAAAAAAUGGUGCUGUUGGUUCUCAAGUCCAUUGCAGUUACUGUCAAGGAGAUUCGAAGUGAUUCGUCGGACAGUUCGAUUGACAGCACAGACUAUGAUGCAUUCCAAGAUAUGGUUCUUAUAGAAAGGUCCAUCAGAGAUGUCCUCCGCAAACUCGAAUCAUUCAUCAAGAAUACCCUAGAAUUCCAUCCAGAGUGUCACUUCAGCAAGAUACUAAUUCACCUUUUCGAUGACCAAGAUGACCAUCUAAUCGAAGCAAUGGUUUGCACGCUGGACGUAACAGCUGGCAUUUCGUUUCGCAACAACGCCUUCCCCGAACUUGUAUCAAUGCUUAAUCCCGUCUACACAUUCCUAGAGUUCCUUAAGAUGAUUUCAAAUAGCUCGGACCUAUUGCUGGACUUACUCGUAAGCAACGAGACAUGCUUUCUACUCUAUUUGCUACGGUUUCUCAAGUACAUUCGACUAAAUUGGUCAAUGUUCGUUACAAGCUGCCAUGACUUCGGAAUGGGCAACAAUACUCUGGACGAAGCCAUGGGUGUUUUGAUUCGUCUCCGAUUGCAAAUUAGCCGACUGGUUUCAAGAUCGUUAUAUCCCUAUGAUAUUUCCCCAGUGUUGCGAUUGUUGGACAGUUGCGAGAGUCUUUACGAAGGAAAUGAGUUAAGCUAGAAUGGUCACGGGUCACAAUGUAAUAAAGCACAAAUAAAUAUAAAAAAAAAAGACUUAAGGACAUUAGUUUAGUAUUUAAGACAACAAAACCUGUGUCGCACUGUUAUAGAUUUUUCUUCAAAAACAAAAACGUUGCCUUAUUUUUCCACAGAAUCAAAAACAACACACAUAUAGACUAACUUAAUUUUAUUGUAUUUUAAAUUUAAGCAAUUAGUUUUUAAGAUUGUUUUAAAUCUUGCCUUAAUGUAUUUUAUUUCCCUCCCGAGACGAAAGUGGACGUAGUUAAGUAAUUUUUUUAUUUCUAAUUGUAAAUGUUAAGUUUCUUUUUUCAUUCAAUAUUCUGCAAAAAAUAAAACGAUAAAAAUAAUAAAAAGACGCAUGAAGGAAAUGAAAAAGGGAAUAAUGUUUUAUAUUAUAAAUAAAUUUAUAUAAAUAUUUUAAAUUAUAAGUUUGAAAUAUUGAAGAAAACAAAAAUUCGAGAUCGAGGAUACGUGUGUACAUAUCGAUUUAUUUAAAUAAAAUAACUUUUUUUAUUA